AGCAGCUCCUAUAAACGAACGUACCCCGCUGAAGGUGCUGAAGGUACAUGUGCAAGCGACUCUUACCAAACGUUUACGUAUUAUCUUGGCGCUUGUCACCGUUGCGGCGCUUCUUGCCUGGCAUCUAGGAAGCGACUACACCAACACCCACCGUACCGAUGUCCAAGACAGGAUGCGUCGUCGAGAGGAAGCGGAGCGAUUGAAGAGAAUCGAGGAUGAAGAUAGGCAGAGGGAGUCAGCGCAUCAGCAAGAAGAUCAGGAGAGGCGACUGGCGCAUGAGGAAGAGGAUCGCCAGUGGAAGGUGGAAAGGGAGAGCGAAGAAAGAAUGAUUCAUGCCAGGUUGGUUGCUGUGACUCAUAGAGAGGAAACCGUCCGAGCUAAAGAGGAUGCGAUACUGGCCGACGAGGAGCGUAGGAAGCAUGCAGGCAUCAUGUGGUGGGAUUUGACGGCGGAGAAGCGAUGCUUGGAAUAUGAGAAAAGGAUGUAUCAUGCAGAGCUGCUGAAUGUACCAGCAGGGGAAGAUGCACAGAACUGGUGCAUGAAGACGAGCAUUGAUAUCCAUGGUAUUACGUAUGAUCAUCCGGAACUCUGUACCCAGGAGCUGGUGGACGGGGCUGUAAAGACUAUUGGACAUUGGACCGUCAAGUCUAAUGAGCCGACGUGCAAGACUUGGUGGGGCAAUCAGAAGAAGAAGGACUGCUAUGGCUCUCACAAGCGUCGCGUUGAGGCACACAUGUUCAAUCAUCAAGAGCCCUGGGACAACUGGGCUGAGAUGUGCUUCUCUACCCCCUUUCAAUUCGCCUCGCAGUCAUUCGCUCACCCAGAUACUUGUGAGGAAAAGGGGAAAGAAGGUAUUGUCGGGAGCUGGUUCAUUGAUGUGGACAAGAAUGAGUGCCUGUAAACGACUGCCAGUGUUCGGACGAUCUUUUUUCUAGUUUUUGUUGGUUUCUUGCUAUCGACUGCUUUGCGAAUUACAUGUUCUUCUUCUACAAGUGCACUUGCAUGGUUAUGCGAUGAAAAGUACCCACAAACACUGUUGUAAGAGGGUGGUGUUCGUGAUCUUGACCAGUCGCAUUUCAGAAGACCUUGCGGUUGUGGGAAGGAAACAGUGUGUUAUCCCUCGUUGCACAAUACCUCCCUACCGCCCAAUCAAGCGCUAGAUCUGUGAG